CGGUGCGGAUUUAGUUCAGUUUUAACGGAGAACGCGGUUUUACUAUCGACUAUCGUGACUAUUUUUAGCACGUUUUUGGUGAAUUUUAGUGGGUAUUUCUUCAGUUAACCUUAGAUUCAGUUUAUUAGGAAGCUAUUUAUUAUCAUACAAAGUCCAAAAGAGUUUGUAGCUGCAACAGAACAUGAAAGAACUGCUCACCCUUAUCGCAGUUCUAGGGACUUUCGGCUUGGGAGAAGCAUUCACAAAAUAUGGUAGAUCCUGUAAAGAUAUCGGUUGUCCCAGUACGCAGGAGUGCGUAAUGCAAACCGAUCCCUGCUCCUACUAUCAAAGGCAAGGAGAAUGUGGAUCAUAUCCCACAUGUAAGAGGAAAGGAAGUUCUUCGCAAAGGACGUGCAGCACGUACGUGUGUCCGCCGAGUCAGGUGUGCAAAAUGGACGGGGAUACGCCCAAGUGUUACGAUGAUUCGUCGAAAUCCGGACAUGUUGGUUAUGACACACAUGCGGCCAAUGCGCCCCUAAGCCCUAGCGCUCCAACAGAAGAAGGCGGAUCACGCCUCUACCCCCAGAUACCAAAAGGGGAAACCACCCCUAGACCUAAUAUAAGACCCCCUGUCAGUGGUGGAUCCGGGUACCAAGGAGGUCAAAUAGGGUCGGGAUACCCUGGAUAUCCUCAGCAACCCGCAGGGGGACACCAGCAAGGCUACCCCCAGGGAGGCGGUUAUCCUCAAGGGGGUUAUCAAGGUUAUCCUCAGGGAGGUUACCAAGGAGGAUAUCCUCAAGGGGGAUAUCCUCAAGGAGGAUAUAAUCAAGGUGGUUACCAGCAAUAUCCUGCUGGGUAUAACCCUUAUCAGCACCAAUAUCCACAGAAAAGCUCCGGAAGCUCUAUCACCGAUAAGAUUAAGGACGGCCUUAGGACAAUAGGUACCAACUUUUUGAAAGAUUAUUUAGUGAAAGCCAUUAGUGGUGGAGGCAGGAACUAGUUAGUAAGUUUUUCCCUUUAUUAAUAUAUUUUUAUUAUUUGCAGGGUUAUUCUACUGUUUGUUAAGUUAUUCUCUAGCCAGGACUUUCCAUUGAUACUGUAAGAGUCUUUUUUCAUUCAUUUAUUAAUAAAGUAUUGCCCAUUCGUUACCUAAGUGUGAUCGUACUACCUCAUAUGGAAGUUUUCUUUUUUUUUUGUUGUAAUUUCUGUUUGUUGGUGAUAGCUUUUUUAUUAUGGUUUAUUUCUUUCCUUUUGUUUGUUUUAAUUUUAUUGUGGCUUUUUUGUAGAAUAACCUUGACAAACCUUCUCAGAGCUAAUUUUUUGCAUGUCAUACACUAACUGUAAUACUCCUUGUAAAUAUAUAAAUGUUUUAAUUGUAUUUAGUUAUAGUUUAAAGAUUUGUAUUUAAAGUGUUAAAUAAAUAUUCUAAAAAUUA